UAAAAAAUGGGUGAAAUUUCACGCAGGAGAUAUACAAGAACGGAGGAAGGAAAUUUGGGAUGUUUACCAGGCCUAAGAAUGCUUAAUCCUCCCACCAAAAAUGGGUGUUUGGAAGAAGCUUCAAAAUUGCAUAAUGUUGAGCUUCACAAUCUUCUCUUAGGAAUGCAAAAAGAGUUGAAAGGGUUCACUUACUCACUUUAUGACUUCAAUCGUAGUUUGAGACAGAGGAUGAAUCAUCCCUCUAGAUAUGGUUUCAAGGAAGGGAAAAGAGCUGUGGAGGAAAGACGCCAGUUAAGCAAUUUGAGGUUUGUAAAAGCCCAAAAAGGCAUGUCUUUUGGGAUCUAACUCAAACUAUUUACCAGCAAAUGGCUGAUGAAAUGUGGAAUGGGCCCCACAGUGUCUUCUACUCUCUUUCAAUGUCUCUAAUAUUAUUAAAUUUAAUGUACAGAAAGAGCAAAGUACAAAUUCAUCAACUUCUGUUGGCAAAC